AUUUCCUGCCCCUGUUUUUGCCUUUAUCAGCUUUACAUGUGAGGCUCAAAUAAAUAAAUCUACUCCAAGGUGACAGGCAAUGGAAGCACAUUUUAGCAUACUAUUAGGGUUCAUUUCCAUCUUUCUUCCAGGAGAAACCACCCCAGAGACCCGUGACCCAGAAACCAUCCCAAAAACCAUCCCUAAGAUUAAAGAGGAAGCCAAUAACAGGACAUGGGUUUAUGCUGUUGUUGGUGUCUCUGUGGUUAUUAUCUGCCUUGCUGUUAUCAUUUUCAUUGUAAAGUAUCGUAAAGUUUCUGUGGAACAACAUACUACAGAGAGUGGAUUCUAUGUAAUUCGAAAAACGAACCAGUCCCGUGAGAAAAGCCAGGAAAAUGAUGUGCCUACUCCUGCUAAUGCUGAAGACAAGGCCUCGACAACCUCAGAAAGUUCUGCUGGAUCGCUUUUUCUUGUUCACCCUCGCCUUCAAACAUGUGAAUAUGCGUCAGUACAAAAGGAGAAGGCCUAUGAGAAUGUCUCAGAUGUGCCAGCAAGAGUGACCAGCAGCAGCGAUGAUCAUGUGAAGCCCAAACGUACUACAAAGGAGGACUAUGAGAAUAUUGUGCAGGCGCAAGAACUGGAUAAAGAUGAACAGCUGUCAGAUGAUGGAAGUGAAGGGGACAACUCAGAUGACACUAGUGGUGGGGAGAGUGACAACUUGUCACUGAACUAUACCACAAUAGUCUUCCACAAAUAGAUGAACUUUUAGCUUUCUUGGUCAUCUAAAAGCAGAGACAUUGACAUCUUCCACAACAUAUUCCACAACAAUAGAGCUGUCUACUGUGAAAUUGUUUAAAUUUUUUAAUGAAAAUAAAUGUUUUCUUUCAUUUUUCACGCUUUCCUGCUAAUUCAGGCAGGUUUUCUUUAUAUUCCAAUAAACAACAGUGUUUAGGCCGUUAUAAUCUGUUUGAAAACAUUUGGGCAUGAAAUACAGUAUUACAAUAAUCCUCUGUUACUUAGACUGUAAACACAGUUAAAACUGUUGAAAAAUAAACUCCACACGUUUUAAAAUAGUGUAUCUUUUUUGAGGAAUUAAAUGUAACAUCAUUGAGUUUGAAGAAAAAAUGACUUGGGAUAAAAAGUAA